AUGCCGCCGCAACGCGUCAAGAAGCAACCUGCCUCGCGGUCCAACGCGUCAUUAGACUCCGAUGUUGUCGCUAGCUUUCCGGAUCCGCCUGCGAACACGACGUCAGCAGCAGCCACACCCUCCGCCGUGACUCCAGAUGGGAUUGCGCAUUCGAAGAGGACAGUCAACAUCACUGAGCAACAGAAGCAAGUGCUCAUGGAUAACCUGCAACUUGAGAUCACCGAGAGAGCUCGCAAGCUGCGGUCGCAAUAUGGUCUUCUCGCUCAAGGUCUGCGGUCGCGCCUCGAAAUGCGCGUAAACCGCAUUCCUACUGCGUUGAGAAAGACGAACAUUAUGGACCUGAUCGAGAAAUACUCUGAUGAGCCCCGCGCUGAACCACCAGCAUCAACCAUUGCAAGGUCCGUCCUGAAGCCGUCCGAAUCUUCGCAAUCAAGCCCCGUGCCCAGACGUGGAGUGAAGCGUAGCAGUGAGGAAAGGGACAAAGAGAACGCCGACCAAGAGCAUGAGCAGGAGCCAGAACUUGUUAUGCCUAAGAAGCGGGCCAAGACGACAGGCAACCAGAAGAAGGGCCCUCCGGCGGCUAACUCUCGCGCUCGUACUGUCUCCCGCCAGGAUCAACCGCUUCAAGUGCUCUCUCCCAAAUCCAACAACUCUCGCACGUACCCACGCUCGCCAUUGAAGAUGGCAGAGGAUGAGAAGAUGGCUAUCAAGGCCGUUCAGCAUACUUCACCAUUGAAGAGCAACAUCCUCAGCCCCGGCGAAAAGCCCGCCAGUAAGGGCAAAGCCACUGCUGGUACCGGACGUGGCAAGAAAGCCACCAGGGCCAGUAUUGCUAGCAGCAAUGGAUCCGCAACCGAUACCACUACUGGCACAACGAUCGUGAAGAAGGCACCAGCCGCUACAGGAGCUAAGAAGACAGCACGAAACACAGCAACGACAAAGUCGGCUGGUGCUAAGGCUACGGCUGCUGCGAAGAAAGGGAAGGAGAAUGCACCAGCCGCGACCGCUGGUCGUACUUUGAGAACACGAGCAAAGUAA